AUGGAUCGCCAAGCUAGUGCGCGAAUCGACCUGGAGUGUAUGCUGUUGGAUGAAACCAAACAACCGAGGGGUCUGCCGUUGCCACUUCUUGAAGGCAUCACAAGGAGUUUCUCCGAUGACAAUGAAAUUGGACGUGGCGGAUUUGCCGUGGUUUAUAAGGGAAUCCUUGACAAUGGCAUGGUCGCUGUGAAGAAGCUGUCCAACACGUAUUUGUAUGAGAAUAAAUUCCAGACGGAGAUUCAAUGUCUGACGAAGGUGAAGCACAGAAAUGUUGUACGAUUUUUAGGAUAUUGUUGCGACACACAAGGGAAAGUAGCAACGCAUGAAGGAAAUUUUGUCAUGGCUGACAUACAAGAAAGAUUACUCUGCUUUGAGUUUCUACCAAAGGGGGAUCUUUCUAACUAUAUCUCCGAUGCGUCCAGUGGACUUGAAUGGCGAGAUCGCUACAAAAUAAUAAAAGGAAUCUGCGAAGGAUUGAAUUACCUUCACAUAAAUGGUAUUGUUCACCUUGAUCUUAAGCCGGCAAAUAUCCUCAUGGAUGCUAAAAUGGUGCCAAAAAUUGGCGACUUUAGUCUACCGAGGUGCUUUCAGGAAGAGCAAACCCGCACUAUUGCUACAACAUUUGCUGGAAGCCUUGGAUAUCUAGCACCAGAAUUCAGCGACCGCAUAAUUACACAUCAAUAUGACUUGUACAUUCUUGGAGUAAUAAUCACGGAGAUACUGACAGGAGAAAAAGGUUAUAGUGAUGUUGAGGAAGUACUUGAAAGGUGGAGCGAUAGGUUGGAGAAAUCACAGAGACAACAAGUAAGAGUAUGCACUGAGAUAGCAUUACAGUGCACUGAACGCAAUCCUAAGAGAAGGCCAACUAGUGCACAAUAUGUAAUUGAUAGGCUUACUGAAACAGAAAGCGCGGGAACAAUGGAGCUACUUGACGUCUACCUUGUCGAGCUUCGCUUCCCCGUCGAACCCAACACCGAUGAACACACAUUAUUCAGGCUUAUGAAGAAGAGCAUCAAGCCUUGGCGUUGCUUCGCAAGUCUCCCACUAUAUGGCGUUGUGCCUCCCAAGUCCUCUACUUACACUCUCGUUGUUACAGCGCAACAGCAAGAGAGGCUACCAGAAGAAAUGGAGUAUGAUCUAAUCCUGCAGAGCAAUCUGUCAGGGGAUAAAAGCAUCCCUACUUUGAGAGACCAAUCUAAGUAUGACAAGUUCUUCGACGAAGCUAAAGAUUCAGGGAAUGCGGUGCAUGGGGUGAUGCUGAAAACUGUUUUUGCUUUGCAAGGACCGACAACAUCAGAGCAGACAAUCUCAAGAAGACUAAAGGAUCAAUGGAUUAUAUCCCUGAAGAAUACUCAUGGCAUGCUGUGCUCCCUUGAUGCACGGCCCACCGAGCCAUGCAUUGUAACAAGUCAUCAGCACGGAGAUGUUUGUAUAUGGAACUAUGACCCGCAGAGACGGAGGAUUCAUUUAAUGUCUCAAAGGAGUCAAUCAUGCCUUCUUACUCAUUGUCGAAUAAAGUUCAUUCUGUUAAGGUCAUCUCAAGAAAGAAAUGGUUUGUGGCUGGGACAUCUGAUGGUAUGA